UCCAUUGAGUUCAAAAUCGACCGCAAUCAAGUCAAGCAAAUAAAUAGCAAGUACACCAUGUUUAGUAUCAAAAACAAAUAUUAAAUACGAUAUUUACCGGCUUCUGAAUCACACAAGUAAAAUGCCGCUCAUCCGUUCUGCCAGUGUUAACUUGCUGGUGGAAAUAGUUCUCCGAAUAGGUUUUUUGUCAGCUUUUUGUUACAUGGAGUCAUUGCCGCCAUUCACCAGGAUAAUUCAGCCAUCAGAACUCCAUGAUAGCUGUAAGUUCCCUCGUCACGACUCCUAUGUACCCACAAGCACUCUGUGGAGUAUUGUGUUAUCUGUGCCCUGUAUACUUUCGUUACUGGCUUGGGCCUUUUGCAGUGACUGUAAUGAUGCCUUAGAGUUUCUUCUGGCAUGGUCACUGUCACUGGGCAUCACAGGCGUUCUGACAGACACCGUAAAGCUUAUUGUAGGUAGACCACGCCCGGAUUUCUUCUACCGAUGCUAUCCAGAUGGUGUAGAAUCUCCAAAUCUUCAAUGUACUGGAGAUCCAGCUGAUAUUAUGGAAGGACGGAAAUCAUUUCCCAGUGGGCACAGCAGUUUAUCGUUCUGCUCUCUGGGUAUAGCAUCUUUAUGGCUCUGUGGCCGUUUGGGAGUGUUGUCCCGUGGCAGAGGGUCGGGGGUUCGAGUCUCGGUGACGCUAGCACCUUUGGUACUCGCAUCUUGCAUCGCGCUAUCACGGACAUGCGAUUAUCAUCAUCAUUGGCAAGAUGUCCUAGUCGGAUCAAUACUUGGUCUGUCAGUUUCGACAUUUUGUUAUCGACAAUACUACAACCCUCUCAGUUCGGACAACGCUGGCGUUCCUUACAUUGUUUCGAUGUCAAAUGUCAAAUACUUUAACGGAAAACCUGACAUAAGUCCGGUGAAGGAGAAGGAGGAAACCUCGCCGUUGCUGAAGAAGGAAGAUAAAUGGAUUUAAAUUUAGCAAAAUUUGAGGGUACACGCGCCAUUUGUUUUUGGUGAAAUAUUAAAGUUUGUUGUCGUUUUGUGAGCGAGAUAUGUGAUAAUUUAUUUUUAGAUUAAUUUUCUAAACCUCAUUCUUUUGACUUAAAUUAUGUAUAACGGACGCUUUUAAUAUGAAAAAAGUGUAAUACGUACUACAAAUGGUAAAAGUUUACACAUCGCUUGCCCCGGAGAACGUCGUAAAAACAAAACCUAUUUAUAAUCAGGAAAUAUAAAAAAAAAUCAUAUAAUUACUAGCAUAUAUAGCAUAUACAAAUAUAUGUAUAUAACUGUUAUGAUUAUUCAGUAAAAUUACAAUCUGAACUAAAACUAUUUUUAUGGUUGUUGCGAUCUAUUUCCUAACAUUGAACAAAGUAAUUUCCAUAAAAUAAUGACAUCCUUGUGUUUUUUUUUACCGUAAAAGGAUUUUCAAAAGUCUGAAAAUCACCCAACAGUCUUAAUAGUGCUUUACGACUUUAUUCUUCGAGGCAAGCGACGUGUAGAACUAAUAAGGUUAGAAAGGUUUCAGCUGCAGGUUUUCCAUUUUAUAUAUUUGGAACAAAUAUACGGGUUACAUAUACCGUCAAACGUCUUAAACAAAUGUCCGAUUUUUAGUUUAGGGAGGAGUGACGCGUCGAUCGCGUGAUUGGUUAAUCAGUUGACGUUUGUGUCCCGCGCUGUGUACGAUGCGCAAACCUUCCCUCACUCCCUUGUUAAAUACUCAAGAAGUUUGCCGGUAUCUGUACUCUGAUGGAGUUGGAAGCUUGUCAACGGCUACUUAAACAUAUGUUAUUUAACUUUUAUUUAGUUCCAGUUAAUUAUAUAAAUAUAUGAAGUAUAAUCAUCGAUCUAUAUAUUUUAUGUGUUAAGGUUGCUUACAAUUUACCAGAGCCGGUAUUAGUAUCGCUAUACUAAUUCCAACCGAUACGGAUAUCGGGAGAACUAUCUCGAAACUAUAAACAUAUUAAAGUUUGUUAUAAUAUAACAGUGGGCAAAUGGCACUUACAAGGCGGGCGUUGCCGGCCUUUUAGGAACUCUACUGUAUUCUUAUAUUACGCGAUUUAAGUCCCUCGUACAACACUGGUAUUCCCGCAUAUAACACGGGGAUUGUGCGUUAUAUUUAUAUAACGUUUUGUAAUUAUUUCGUUCAUAAUAUUCGGUAUAUCAUUUGUAUAUAGCGCUUCAUACGUGAUUACGUUUAUGACAACCAAUCUACCGUUAUAUAGGCACAUUGUUUUUGGGCGUGUUCAUUUAGUUGGAGUCGCUUUCACAGAAUACCGAUCCAUUCUAAGUUAACCACGAUCUGUAUUGUAAUUUUCAUUCCUCAUAGACACGUGUACUUUUAUAUGUAAAUGUUUUAAAACUUUUUAAAUAUUUGAAUUAAAUUUAAGAUAAAAAGCAUUUUAUAUAUAUAAAAUGUGUAAAGAUAUAAUAAUCAAAGGGACAGGUCAGUGUUUAGGGAUCCAACUUGAGCCUCAGGUCAUGUAUUGUGUUUUACUAUCGCCACUAAUUGCGUACGAAAUGAGGGACUGUCCCUGCGCAUGCGCACGAGACAUGGCCUGUCUGAACAGAGUGUAUCCCGUUUUGAAGUACAUAAUUUUAACAUAACUCGAUACAAUUGCGUAGUUUUAUGCAUGUUACCAGUGUUAAUAGCAAAUUUUUAAUUGUAAUUGAUGUUUUUUAAAUUAUAAUAAAUGUUUAUAACU